AUGGCCAGCCCAGCCACCCAAUCGUUGAAGUGUGUAGUUACCGGUGACGGUGCUGUUGGCAAAACAUGCCUCCUGAUCUCCUACACAACCAACGCCUUCCCCGGGGAAUACAUCCCAACCGUCUUCGAUAACUACACCGCGAGUGUGAUGGUGGAUGGUAGACCGAUUAGCUUGGGUUUGUGGGAUACCGCCGGCCAGGAGGAUUACGACCGUCUGAGACCGCUGUCCUACCCUCAAACCGAUGUCUUCCUUAUCUGCUUCUCCAUCGUCAGCCCUCCUUCUUUCGAUAACGUCAAAGCCAAGUGGUUUCCGGAAAUCGAACACCAUGCCCCCAACGUCCCUAUCAUCCUUGUCGGUACCAAGCUUGACUUGAGAGACGAUAAAGCGACCGCAGACUCCCUCCGCGCACGGAAGAUGGAGCCCGUAUCCUACGAACAGGCGCUCGCCGUUGCCAAGGAGAUCCGCGCGCACAAGUACCUCGAAUGUUCGGCCCUUACACAGCGCAACCUGAAGAGCGUGUUUGAUGAAGCUAUCCGGGCCGUCCUCAAUCCGCGACCUGCUACGAAACCGAAGACCAAGAAGUGCAUGAUUCUGUAA